AUGUCGCAGAUGCUUUCCCGACGACUCGACGGACGCCGGGACGGUAAAAACGCGCGGGCACCGAUCACGUCGCCAUUUCAGGAUUCCACGGGCGUCGCAACGGCUGUCAACCCCGGACCCCGGCCCGUCCGUCGUCGUCGUCGUCGUCGUCGUUUGUGCGAAACUGCGAACGCGUGUGCACGCCAUCGCCAGGGUGUCCGCUCGGCUGCUGUUCUCCUUGCCGCUGCCAAUCGUCCGCACCCGGGGAAUGAAAAUUUCAACAGUAAAAGAUGAUGGCUGACUUCGAUAAAGAUUCCAUACAGUGCUUAGUGUGCAACAGUAAAAUUGGAAUAUCCACUAGAAACAGUAUACGCAUCUUUGAUGAAUCUAAUUGUACUGUAUCUGAGAAGCCACUUGUGGAUGUUAUAUCAGCUGUUUUAGAAAUUGAUAUCAGUGAAGAGUCCGUGCAUUCUCAUGUCAUUUGUAGAAAAUGUUUUAAGCUGUUCAAUGAGGUGGAUGAACUUGAAAGUAAAUUAACCGAAAUCAGAAUGGAGUUAUGUAACAACUAUAAAAAGACAGAGGAAGUUAAAAAGUUGUGUGCCAUACUACAAAAUGAGGAAGAAUAUAACGAUCAUGAUUACACAGACAAUACGGAAAGUCAAAACACUUUAAUAGAGGAACUGCAAGAAAAUAAAGAUUAUAUAAUAGAGGAGACUAAACAAGAAGAGGAAGAACAAGAAACGCCAAUUGUAGAGGCAGAAGAUUCUUUAUUCACCGAGGAAGUAGAUGAUCCAGAUAGUCCUAAUGAUAAAAAGAAAUUGAAGAAGAGCAAAGUUAAAGCGAAUCGCCCUCAGGAAACUAUUGUACUUAGAGAUGAAUCUUCGUACACCUGUGUCUUAUGUCCAAAUGAGGAGAGAGUCACGGCAGAUGCUAAAACUAUUAUAGCGCACAUGAAAGACGUGCACGACGUCCGUUUAUAUAUUUGCGAUGUAUGCGGACAGGAUUUCAGGAAGAGAAACGAACUUUCCUUGCAUCUUGACGAUCACGUCGCAAAGGAGGAAGGCGACUUUCAGUGCGAGAUAUGUAAUAGGAUAUUUGGUAAUCUGCGACUGUUCCGGAUUCAUAAAAGGAUACAUUAUCCGCAAGUGAAAUCAUGGACUUGCGAGUCGUGUGGAAAGAGAUACAAUUCCAAAAAUUUAUUAGAAGAACACAUGAAUACACACACAGGUAUUCGCCCGCACGUGUGCGAAACAUGUGGCAAAGAUUUCGCAUCCAAGUAUACAUAUAAAGCGCACGUAAAAACACAUGAAGUACGACCUCGUCCAUUCAAGUGCAGUCGAUGUACUAAAACGUUUUUGAGCCAGCAAAAUUUGACACAACAUGAACGAACGCAUAAUGGCAUAAAGGAUUAUGUAUGCCAUCAGUGCGGUAAGGCCUUUACCUCCUCACACAAUUUAGAGGUACAUAAUAUAGUGCAUACCGGAGAUAAACCCUUUCCAUGCGGAAUGUGUGGUAAAGCGUUUGCGCGUAAAGCGGAAAUACGUGAUCACGAGAGAACUCAUACAGGUGAGAAACCUUAUCAAUGCGAGUUUUGUGGAGCAACAUUUAGCCAGAGAUCGAAUCUGCAAUCUCAUAAGCGGGCGACGCAUUAUAAUGAUAAACGUUACAAGUGUGAUGAAUGUGGAAAAGGUUUCAAAAGAAGAAGAUUAUUGAAUUACCAUAUAAAAGCGGCGCACACCGGUGAAAGACCAUAUAAAUGCAAUACGUGUGACGCUACAUUUGUCUAUCCUGAGCAUUUCAAGAAGCACACACGUAUACACACAGGCGAGAAACCAUAUCUGUGUGAGGUUUGUGGCAAAGCAUUUAAUAGCAGAGAUAAUAGGAACGCUCAUAGAUUUAUACACAGCGAUAAAAAACCAUACGAAUGUUUGGUGUGCGGUAUGGGUUUUAUGAGAAAACCAUUACUUUACGCACAUAUGCAACAAAAGGGUCAUUUAAAUGAUACGAUAGUAGUGAACCAACCGCGUCUGACAAUGGACGACGAUCAAAUAAUAACUAUUCCCAAUAGUAAUGGCGAACUGCUGAUGGAAGAAGUUGAUAAUGAACAGCUGGAUGAAACUGAAUUAUAUGUAACCGAACUGAAAGAUCACGUGAUUAUACAACAAGGAGAGGAUCAUAUAUAUAAUGAAGAGGAUGUUGUAUUAAAUAUACCAACAGAAGAAACCGAAGUAGAACAUCUUGUCGUCGAAAACGAUCAGAUAAAUUUUGUGGAGGGUGAAGAUGCAGAAUGUAAAACGGAAGUUGAUGAAGUAGAAACGGUGUACACUUAUGACGAGAAUGAAGAAGGCGAGACGAUAGUUAUACCAUCCUCUUCGCAAGGAGAAGAGAAGAAUGUGCGAUUAGUGCAGAUAUUUCCAGCCUCCGGAGAUGGAGAAGGCAAAAACUGGUUGAGCUUAGUACAAAGCACUUGAAUUGAUUUAAUUAAUACGCUGCAUAAUUUACUAAGAUCGAAACUGUGUAUUGACAUUAUAAAUCUAUAGCUGAUUAUAAAUCAGUUAUACGGAAACAAUUCGUAUUAGAACAUUAGUGAUUUAGUUUCGGUUAUUCAAUCACUGCUGUAAUCUUAUGAUGUGAAUGUCUACAUAAAAAAUUCAUCGAUUUAAAUAAAGAUUAAUGUACUAUUCCGGUUAUAUAAAAAUUAAAUAAGUUAGAUUUAAUGCACAAGAUAAACAAAUUUAAUUAUAGUCUAAUUAUUCAUCUUAAUCAUUAUCCUGUAGUUAAUUCAUUGCGACAUGUUAAAAUUAAUUUAAAUAUCAAAUUUUUUUAUGACAUUAAAAAGACUUUAUUACAAUAA